AAAGAACAAGCAUGAGCAUGCCAAGUUUAAGAAGCUUCGUAAUACAAGCGAAGUUCAUACAGACAAUACGUCGAACACCUGGUGCCAUUGAAACCCAUCUCAGUUUCAAACUUUUUUGCACACAAACAACACAAAACCAAGACAGCUUAUGCAAGAGAAUCGAAAAGCUUCCUAAAGGAGAAUCAAUAGCUUCCGCUUUCCGUAGUUGGAUGGGUGACGGCUUCCCCGUUCGCGGCGCCGACGUCUUUCACACCAUUAACCGUCUCAGAAAACUCAGCUUCAACAAACGCGCACUUGAGGUGAUGGAAUGGGUGAUUAGGGAGAGACCCUAUAGACCUAGAGAACUAGAUUAUUCUUAUCUAGUUGAAUUCACAACUAAGCUUCAUGGGAUUCCACAUGGUGAAAAUCUAUUCACUCGUGUUCCUAUUGAAUUUCAGAAUGAGUUACUCUACAACAAUCUUGUGAUUGCUUGUUUGGAUAAAGGUGUUGUAAGGCUUUCACUUGAGUACAUGAAGAGAAUGAGGGAAUUGGGUCAUCCCAUUUCGCAUUUGGUCUUUAACCGAUUAAUAAUUCUGCAUUCCUCGCCGGGUCGCAGGAAGAUGAUACCUGGUUUACUUACUCAAAUGAAGGCUGAUAAGGUUACACCGCAUGUUUCGACGUAUAAUAUUUUGAUGAAAAUAGAGGCCAAUGAACACAAUCUUGAAAAUUUGAUGAGGUUUUUUGAUCGAAUGAAGCGGGUGCAGGUUGAACCGAAUGAAAUAUCUUACUGCAUUUUAGCUACUGCACAUGCAGUUGCUAGGUUGUACACUGCAACUGAAAUGUAUGUUGAGGCUGUGGAGAAAUCUAUGACGGGGAAUAACUGGUCAUCAUUGGAUGUCUUGCUUAUAUUGUAUGGGUAUCUAGGGAGCCGGAAGGAUCUGGAAAGGAUUUGGGAUAUCAUUAAAGGACUUCCCUUUGUUAGAUCUAAAAGUUAUUUGUUAGCCAUUGAAGCAUUUGGUAGGAUUGGAGAGUUAAACCGAGCUGAAGAGAUUUGGUCAGAAAUGGAGUCGGUAAAAGGAUUGAAAUCUGUAGAGCAAUUUAAUUCAAUGAUGACUGUUUAUUGCAAGCAUGGAGUACUUGACAAAGCAUCUAGACUGUACAAAAAUAUGAAGACAAAUGGGUGCAAACCGAAUGCCAUAACUUAUCGUCAUCUUGCUCUAGGCUGCUUGAAAUCUGGUAAGGCAGAGCAAGCUUUGAAGACAUUGGAAUUGGGCAUGCGUCAAACCGUUAACAAGAAGGUUAGCAAUUCAACACCAUGGUUGGAGACUACGCUUUCAAUUGCUGAGAUUUUUGCUGAAAAAGGGGAUGUUGGAAAUGUUGAGAAAUUGUUUGAAGAGUUUCAUAAAGCUAAGUACUGUAGGUAUACUUUUGUAUAUAAUACCUUGAUUAAGGCUUAUGUAAAAGCCAAGAUUUAUAAUCCAAAUCUUUUGAGAAGGAUGAUUCUUGGAGGAGCUAAUCCUGAUGCUGAAACUUACAGUCUUUUGAAAAUUGCUGAACAGUUUCGAACCUGAUAGUUUAAUUGAUAGAUUAUUACAACUGAAUUAAUGUUAUAUCAUUAUAUGUAUCUUUAUGUUGUCAUUCUAUUUAACAAACAUAUAACAAUUGUGGAACAAGAACCAAUAAGAUUAUCUGGCAUUGCUUAUGAAAGCCCCUUUUGUUUGUAUCAUGUCAACAACUGAAAAUGUAAAGAUACUACAGGUAUAACAUGUUGAUUUAAAUUUACCUCUCCAAAUUCAGCUUUAUUGUUCCAUAAUAGAUUGUCAGUAUAAGUUGUUAGGAAAGGUGACGAUUCCUCGUCUUUGGAGAUAAGUGUCGGUGGCUUGUUUCGCGGGCGCUCUUUUAGGUAUGUGGUGAUGACUCUGUUUUUAAGUAUUUGUUCUUUAUGUUUUUCAAAUUAAAUUUAUUGUCUGGUUUGAAAUUUACAUAUGAAUUUAACUGCUAUUGGUAUAAAAAAAUAUGAAUGAAAAUGUGAAGGAGUUGACAAGCAAUGAAUGGAAGUUGAAGGCAAGAAAUGAUUGAUGAUGAAUCUCUCCCUCCCUUUGUAGUGCUCAUCUCAUUCUAUCCAACACACUUUUUUGUUUUUACUGCAAUUGUAAUUGAUCAGUAGCCCUCCUAUGACAUACAGUAGGAGUUGAAUUAGUUGAUGGUUUUCUUAAUAAGUUAAUAACAGUGAUCUAUCUAUUACCAUUUGUGAGUGUCAUUAUUACAGAAGCAAACAAAUGAGUUAAUUGCAGAAGCUGAUGAUGGCAUUGGCACUUUUGGAAGGUUGGUUAUGACCUGGACAAAAUGAAACUUAGGAAUAUAUUUAGUAUCAUUGGAAGGUACAUAGGUGAAUCAAUAUUUCAGUCAUCUUACAAUUUCCAAAACCAGAACAAAGUAGUGAGUUUUAAACAGUUUUUCUUUUAUCUAUGUACUCAUCAUUUAUAUUUUGUUUAAGGUUUUUUCUUUCGGAUUUUUACAAGUGAGAAAAAACAAUAGAAAAAUGAUAUUAGGAGUUCCAAAGUUGAUCUUGGAGCCAAACAAGAAUAGAUUUAUAGAAGAAGCAAUCACCACAAGGUUUUAGUAUUUUCAACAAGGGAGUCCUUGCACGAAAAAUGAAGAUAAACAGGUAAUAACAAUCUACCUUGGUUUGUUUAAAACCUCAACUCAUGUUCUGUUAUCAAUUGAUUCCAUCUGGCCCACACGCAGGCUAAUGCACAAAUUGUGAAAUAUUACAGAAAUUGAAAAUCAUUUAGUUUAAUUUUACGCAAAACUAACUAACCAAAUUCCCAACUGUUCUUCCUAGCUACAAACCAACUGAAUACAACAACUACUAACUGAAAUCUUACAGAAAUUGAAAACCAUUUAGUUUGAUAAAGUUUGCUAACUUAUGUAUCUUGCAAUUAAUUACAGUUGAAGUUUUUUAGCUUGGAACAUGGUCACGACACCAAGGACCAAGAGGAGGAAGGGAUCAUAGAUUCAGAUGGGGAGGUUUUUUUUGGCAAGAGGGAAAGGAACUUACAAGUGUGAGUAGAAGUAUUUGAUGUCGGUAAAGUUUCCCCAUUUAUGAAUUAAGAGACUCUAUGUCAAUGCACUAGUAAACUUUGAAGCACGGACACCCGAACACGACACUGACACUGGUAAUAGUUUGAAAAAAUGAAUAAAUUAAAUGUAAUCUAAAGUGUCGGUGUAUGUGUCUGAUACAGACACUUCUUUUUUCAGAGGUGUCAAUGCUACAUAGGUACUUAGGUACUGGUCUAAGACAUAUUUGGACUGUAGUUCAGGGAAUACUAUUUCUGUAAUCCUACCAGGACCUACACUUUCUUUCCUCUUGGAAAAUGGUCGGCUUAAAAAUUUUCUGCAUGACUUUUAUGUUUCAAUACAACUACAGUUGAAAAUAUAUUAGUAUAUACAUAUAAUACCACAUCAUAUCAUACAAGUAGGAAAUUUGUACACUAUAUAUGUUUUGUGUUUAUUGUCUUGACUCUUGAGUUUAUAAUAAUAGA